AUGAACCUGACGGGGAUGGUGAAUGGCAUGCUAAACACCGCUCUCAGAGGAACAAAAGAAUUCUUCUCUUUGCUGAGCAUCGUAUCUUAUAGUUCGUACGCCUUCCACAAAGUUUCCAUUGUCCUCUACAAUAAUUUCACAGCGUUGCUGGUGGACAUUGUGGGAAACUCUACCAGUUAUCUUACUGAGAUUUUCAAGUCGACUUCCAUUGUGUCAGGCAGAAACCUUACAGAUCUAUGGGAAGCAAUAGAGAAAUCUCCUAUAGUGAACUACACUUUUUCCGGUAACAUAUCUGAUUUCUUGGAUAAUAUCACCUUCUUCAAUGGAGUCUUUGAAAAUGUGGAAAGUGUUGCUGUGUUCUUUGAUUGUUUGGGCUCUCACUUCUCUUGGCUUCAGUCCGUGUUCACCAGCUUUCCUCCGUUGCUCAACUUUGUGAGCAGAAUGAAGUGUGUGACUGGUGUUUGCCCAAGAGACUUUGAAGACUAUGGCUGUGCCUGCCGAUUCGAGACGGAGGGUUUCCCUGUGGAUGAAGUAGAUGGCUGCUGUUUUCAACAUCGGAAAUGCUAUGAAGAGGCAAACGAAGAAGAAUGCGCCUGGGAUCCUACCAAAAUCAUCAUGAACAUCAGUUGUCUAACCAAAAACAUCACCUGUGGAUCUGAGGAUUCUUGCGAGCAUUUGCUCUGCAACUGUGAUAAAGAAGCUAUUGAAUGUUUCUUGCAUUCUCCCGUUAACUCUUCCUUGAAUAAUUUUGAUGCUUCCCUCUGCUCCUCUCUGGAGACAGUGUGUGAUCGUUUCUCUUUUCUGCAACGGGAUGAGAAUGGAAAACUCAAACAAGAGUUUCCACAGUUGGGUGAGAUGCUCCACUGCUUGACCGACCGGUGUCCAGAGGAGUUCGAAUUAUAUGGCUGCUUUUGUGGACAAGAGGGAAGAGGACAUCCGACCGAUCAACUGGACAGAUGCUGUUUCUCCCAUCAAUGCUGCCUGGAACAAGUUAAAAGACUAGGAUGUCAGCCAGAAAAAAAAUCAAGAUCUGAAGUUGUGUGUUUUGAUCACACACCAACAUGUGUUGGAUGGACCCUGUGUGAAAACCUCCUGUGUUCCUGCGAUAAAGCUGCGGCCGAAUGCAUGGCUGCAGCCCCAUUCAACGAAAGCUGGAGGUUGCCCAGCAGACAGGCUUGCCAAGAGGAGAGACUGGCUUGCCGCUGGGCAGGGCGUGAGAGGCCUCCAAGCAUCCCUCCAAGAGGUGCCAGAACGUCUAGUGAAGAAGAAGAAAGUAGCAGCGAGGAGGCAGAUCCAGCUCAGCCCCUCUUGAGACGUGGGAAAAGAGCAAUACGGAAUGGCAGACGAAGCUCCAGUAUGGUCCCAUUGCAAACAAGAUAA